AGUUAAUUAAUAACAAAUGGCUCAAUUUUGAACCUUCGAGCGUUAUUUUUUUUAGUAAUGACGUGGCUGUGAGUUAAUAAUGUCCGUGUUAAGUUUAUUACCAGAGGAUAAGAAGAGAGAUUCGAGAAAAGAAUCAUUGGAAAGCGUGUACAGCAGCAACUCGCGGCUGAAUCUGCUGACCAAGAGGAAACGCCUAAGUCCACUGGAAAUGUCGCAAGGCAAGGGCGACCGGUACGUCGCGCAGCGUGUGCUCUCGGCAAAGGCGCAUCGCGUUAAACAGCUGCAGAAUCAGUUGGCGGACGCCCACUACCACUUGCAGGAACUUAGCAAUGAAAACAAAGUCUUGCGAGCUAUACAGAAGAAACAUGAAAUCGCUUUACAAAGAUAUGAGAAUUCGAACGCGGAGCUACCAUCAGUACUAAACUCACAUAGCGAAGAAAUAAGAAUCCAGCAGGCAAAGUACAAACAACUGAAGCAGCAGUUUAAAGAAGUCACGCAGAAGCUAAAAGAACGGGACAUGCAAUUACAGCAGUUGAAGGAUGAGCAUCAACAUUUGUUGGAGUUAAGCAAGGAACGAAAUCUCCCCGAACGAGAAAAACUCCAAACCCAAGUAACGGAAUUGACGGCAAAAGUUAAUCAACAAAAUGAGACAAUAAACGUUCUGCAGCGUCGAAUAGUGCUUGAAGCCAAAAACUUCAGACAUCAGUUGCAGAAUGAAAUCAACAAGCAUAAAGAUACGAGACACGAUCUCGAUUUGGCUAUAACUAACGCUGACAAACUGUCGACCAUUAUCGAGAUGAAAGAAAAGAUGAUAAGCACAGUUGCAAGUCGUAACCUCAAAUCACCGGUGAAAAUGGCAUCAGCUGCCAACAUCAGCCAACAUCAUUCAGCUAUGCCACUAAAAAAAUCAGCGCAGCACGAAAUGGUUUCUUCUGCUAAAUGUGGCGGCGGCGACGAUAGAUUCCGGCAAGAUGAUUGCUCGGAGAGGUCUACUGUUGACCAUAUAGCAAGACUCUGCGAAAGCUCUCGUAACAUUACCAGUGCGUUGUCCCACGAUGAUGACACUAGCUCUUCCAUUGAACCUCGAUCACGCUACGUCAGAAGCCGCACGAGUUCAACCAGCACCAGGUCAACUCCUCCAACUAGGAAGAGCUCUAAAGGCUCUGACGAAAUGCUCGAUCUAGCCAAAACAGUCCAGGAAGGCAUGGCUGAUCUGUCCAUUUUUGAAGAGCUAGAAAAAAAUAUAUCCACCGAAGACAUGGAAAAGAAAAUCGAAAUAAUGAAAGCUGAUCUAAUGAUUAAGAUCAAAUUGGACAAGGAAGAACCUGCGAUGAAAAAGCCUAGUGCCGUGAGGCGGCAGUCAACUGAGGAGUCCAUUGAAGAACAAAUUGUUGAAGAAAUUGAGAGACCUAAAUCGAGAGGACGAAGGUCAUCUAGUGUUUCUUUUUACGAUGGUGGCAAUAGUACUGCUGCUGUACAAGAAAAUACUACCACCACAGUCGCUAUUAACGACUACAGGUCAGGAAAAGGUGACGAAAUAGAAAAAUUCAAAUUUAAAGAAACUGCUAGUGCUGUAGAAAAAAAAUCUGGGAAGAAUAUAGACAAAUACUGUAACGAGAUAAUCCAAGAUAUAGAAAAGAGCACGAAAGUAAUAGAUAAACAUAUGAAGCAGUUAAACUAUUCGAAAUUUGAAAGUGACAAAUUGGUGGAACAACUUCAAAUGGUCGAUAAACUUAACGACCUCGUUAGUUCUACAGGAGAUAUGCCCAAUGGUACUUUGGAAGAGUUAAAUAAUAAUUUCAAAAUGUUGACUGAAAACGUCUUUAGCGAGAAUUCUAUACCUAGAAAGAGGUCUAUAUCUAGCAGGAGAGGUUCGAGCAAAUCUAGAAACGAUUUGUUAGGUGACGUGAAUAUGACUAACCAAGACUUGUUGAACGAUUUACUGGGAAAAAAUUAAUGCUGCAAUAUCGUUCAGUUGUGUUACCUACACAUUGUAUGUGCUAAGAUUUGUUUAUAUCAAAAGCUAGUAACAGAUAUUUUAAACAGUAUGUCACCUGGAUCUCUUUGUGGACCAACAUAACUAUGUGUAUUCCAUAAAUUUUAGGGAACUGAUUUGAAACUUCUAUUGCUCAACAAAUUGAUGGCUAAAAAUAUUAUGCCAUCGUCGAAGCGUUGGCUGUCGAGUAUAUUUUUAUUGUUAGGGAUAUACCAGUCCCUUUUUUUCAGUCUCAAUUAUGGUCUUAUUAUUAAUAUAAUCUAUAAUAAAAUGAAUGUUAUAUGAAGUAAUACAAAAAAUAUUACAUAAAAAGUCUCAACAAAUGUUUUAUGUGUGUAUAUUUAUAAACAUAUAUAUUUAAUCUUCUCAAAUGGAGUACCUAUUCAUUACAGAAUUAUUUUUCCUCUUGAUUUGGCACUUCCCGGUUAUUGUUUGUGACACUAUAAGACGAGGAAACGUUAACUAAGACCUAAUAUGUACUUUUGUCCAGCAUAGGCAUAGGCCUGUGUUCUCUGUCGAGCAUUGUCGGAAUAUGAUUCUUAUAACACGAAACGAGAUGUUUACAACAAUUACAUUUUAAUUAAACUUUAAUAAAUCCCCGAGUUUAAACAAUGUACCUAGCCCAAAAGGUCGCAGAAUACGUAACGUGAUUUUUACCUUCAAUGAGUGAUUUAUUGUUAACAAAGUUACAUAUACAACAUAGUAUUCAAGUAUACGUGACGGGAAUGGGACGAGACGCGAAAAAUAUCGUCGUCGACUAUAUUUUGCCCGUUCCGUCCGUAUAACUAACCUAAAGUCGCAAUCAAGAAUUGGAUAGCCUGCAGUCUGUUAACAUACACUUAGGUGGCUUAAGUAUAUGUUAUUUCUUGCGUUAAUAAAUUUCUGUAUCUGUAGAGACUUGUACAAAUUAUUGAAAUUAAUAAUCUUUUAGAAGGGAAUGUCUUGUUUGUCGAGUUAUUAAUAUUGUGAUUUAUAAUGUAAGACUGGUGUCAUGGUGAAAGUUAUGCGAAUGCGAUUCAUUCUUUGGUGCUUUAAUUAUUUUUUACCCUGUAUUAUUCAUUUUAGGAUAUUAGCUUCCAUUGUUACCGUGGUCGGUUAAAACGGAUUUGUCAUUGUCAUCAUCAUCCCCAGCUGGAAAACGUCCACAUUGCCGUUUUACAGAACUAAGAUAUCAAUAAGAAUCCUGUCUAGAAGCGGCAAAAAGAACGCGUUUGAUUGAUUUUUAGCUAAUAAAUAAUCGAAAGAGCCAGAAAAUGGUUGGACUAUGGCUAAAUAUUUUUUUAUAAUAGAAUUGAUGGGAUGAACAAGUCGUGCACCUAAUGCUAAGCUACACGCCUGUCUAUAACAGUUGCAAUGUAAUUUAGAUCUUUAAAUCGCAAAAAUCUAAA